CCACAGUCUGGGCCAAACCAAUUGGGAACGCAAGUGUUUAUGGGACGGUGGCAUUUCAUCUGGCUAACCUUAGCUGUCUUGCUUGUUGACUUGAUAAAUCGACAGUCGGCUGGCCAAAGCUAAUAAUCACAACCUUUGAAAUGGUUUGACUAAACGCGCAAUCAUGAAUCUUAGGGGUUUCUUUCAAGAUUUCAACCCCAGCAAAUUUCUCAUCUAUGCAUGCCUGUUGCUGUUCUCGGUGCUGUUGUCACUGCGCCUCGACGGCAUUAUUGAAUGGAGCUACUGGGCUGUCUUUGCACCAAUCUGGCUAUGGAAGCUCAUGGUCAUUAUUGGUGCCUCAGUUGGCACUGGUGUCUGGGCCCACAACCCCCAGUACAGGGCUGAGGGGGAGACUUGCGUGGAGUUCAAGGCCAUGCUGAUUGCUGUGGGCAUCCACUUGCUCCUGCUCACCUUUGAGGUGCUGGUGUGCGCCCGCGUGGAGAGGGGCACUCACUUCUGGCUGCUGGUCUUCAUGCCGCUCUUCUUCGUCUCGCCCGUGUCCGUGGCGGCGUGCGUGUGGGGCUUUAGGCAUGACCGCUCCCUGGAGCUGGAGAUCCUUUGCUCUGUCAACAUUCUCCAGUUCAUUUUCAUCGCCUUGAGGCUGGAUAAGAUUAUCAGUUGGCCCUGGCUGGUGGUCUGUGUUCCUCUCUGGAUCCUCAUGUCUUUUCUCUGCCUCGUGGUCCUCUACUACAUUGUCUGGUCAGUGCUAUUCCUCCGCUCCAUGGAUGUUAUUGCUGAGCAACGGCGCACUCACAUCACCAUGGCGAUCAGCUGGAUGACCAUUGUUGUGCCGCUUCUAACUUUUGAGAUUCUCUUGGUCCACAAGUUGGAUGGUCACUACAACUCCAACUAUGUUCCGGUGUUUGUGCCUCUGUGGGUGUCCUUGGUGACCUUAAUGGCAACCACCUUUGGCCAGAAAGGAGGCAACCACUGGUGGUUUGGCAUACGUAAGGACUUUUGUCAGUUCCUUUUGGAGCUGUUCCCCUUCCUCCGGGAGUACGGGAACAUCUCCUACGACCUGCAUCACGAAGACGAGGUGUCCGAGGACAUGCCUUCCCACGAGGCGCCCAAAAUUGCCCCCAUGUUCCGCAAGAAGACUGGCGUGGUCAUCACGCAGAGUCCGGGGAAGUACUUUGUGCCGCCGCCCAAACUGUGCAUCGACAUGCCGGACUAAAGAAGCGCGCACAGACAUCCCCCCUCCCCCCCUUCCCAGCGUACUCGCUUCUCUCUGAGAGGGCGAAAGACACGCAGCUCUGCUCUACCUGUUUUGGGGCUCGCGGUGAACUGCAUCAUAGUAGGUUUGCGAAGCCUGGUCCUCCAUAGAAGCAGACAAUCCGGAAAAAAAACAAAAAAAAACUGAGAGACACAGAGGCAGGCACAGGCUGAGAAACUGUGUGCUCCUGUGACAAAUGCCCAGCCACACUCUGUCAAAGACAGAGGAGGGGGGUGGCUUUUUCCUUUUUUGUUGUUUUUUUUCUUCUUUAUUUUUUUUAUAUAUAUUUGUUUGGUGUGUGCAGAAAUUGGGGGAUCUGAUAUGGGAGAAAGGCCACUGUGGAUGCUUUGUGGUUUUGACUUGUUCUUGAAGAGGACCUCCCCGGCAACAUUUUUGCAUCAGUAAACACACACCCUGUUCAUAGUUUGACUUGGAAUAUAUAUGAUUCUACUGACCUAAACCUUGUAUGACUAUGCUACUGUUAUGCACUUCCCUUUUUUUUUUUUUUUUUUUUUUUUAAAUCUGUUUGUUUAAAGUGUUCAUUUGUUAAAAGAUUAAUGAGGAGACAGGUUGAGUACCCAACAGUUGAACUUAAUAAUGGACAGGUAUGUAGUUACUAGGUCUCAGUGUAGAUGGAUGUCAGACUCCUCCCAGUAUCACCAUGGCCUCAGACCAUCUACUGAACCUCUGUGCUCAUGUCAACAAAGGAAAGCAUGUUUUCAGCCAUGUAGCAUCAUCAGUGUAUCUGAUGAAUUUAUAUUGCUUACCUUGUUGUGACGUUGCAAGAGCCUCUAAUCAUUUUGUGUUCAGUUGCCUUUUAAUUUCAUUUGGCUGAAGGACUUGAAAGACAUUUUCAAUUGAAUGUGCAUUGGCUCAGAAUUGGACAAGUUCAGCAAGUUUUUCGAGUUGUGACUGCCCAUAAAACAGAUUGCCUUUAAUUCUAGUGAACUAGUCAGUAACAUUUUCCAAAUUGGCCAACCUUGCUGGAGACCAAAUAGUAACUAACAAGUGUAUCACUACGAGUAGUUGCAGUGGGAUCAGUUAUUUUGUCCUUGAUGCAAACAAAGGGUGACAUCUCCAUAGUCAGGUGUAUAGUUUUUAUAGUUCUCACUGGCAGAAACACAUCGCUCCCUUUUGAACUAGAACUGACAUCCUAAGAAAUGAACUCUACAGAAACGAGUUGUGUGUGUGUGUGUGUGUGUGGGUGUGUGUGGUUCUGCCAUAUAGCACUGCUGGAAUUUAGCAUUUUUUAAGAUUCUGAGUGCAGGAGGCAAUCUAGAGGAAGAGUGAACCCCCUGCAUGGUGUCUACAUGUGUCUUGUAGGAUCAGUAGAGAUGCCCGACUUGACCAAGAAGGCCCUCCAACCCCCUUUUCUGGACCACAGUUUGACUAAAGCAUGGGAGUCAUUUAUAUACCCCUGGAUAUAUACUUCUCUCCUUUUGUUUUGCUUCUGCAUUCAAAGGUGUACGAUUGUGUUCAUUUCCCUGCCAAAAAUGCACUUAUGAAGUGUUCCAUAUAGUGGUUUUGAUGUUUAUCAACAACCUGCUGCAGACGUGGUUGUAACUCCAGUGUGACUACUGGUGUCAUCAGCACCAUGCAAAAUGAUGGAAUGCCACUCAGCCAAGCUCCAUAUAUACCCACGCAAUUGUCACAUUCCAUGUUGGCAUUAAAAAACACAAACACAUCCUGGUGCACAUUUUUCUCCUCCUGUCUUUUCUCUUCACUCUUUCUUUUGUUUUCUCUCUCUAGUUCCUUCUCCUUUGUUUUCCUCUCCCUCAUCCUCAAUCAUUUUCCUCCCCUUUCCUUUUCUGUUUCUCUCUGCCCCCCCCCCCUCACUUUCAGUAAUGUUCUUUUGAAGUGUUAAAACAGACCUGUUUUCCAUUUGCUGUUGUCAAUGUUUUGGUUUGUCGGACUCUCAGCUGGCCUGAGGGGGUGACAUGACCUCUGUUUUUAAUCUGCCCUGGACCAAUGUUACUGCCUUCAUGCUCCCCCAGUCAGCUCUUACUGUCUCCCCUUACCCCUCAUGCAUACUCUAAUUAAAAAGUCAAACACCAGACGUUCAAAUAU